UUAAGGAGCUUUCCAGAAAUCCUUGAGGAUGUGGAAAAUUUAAGAAAGCUUCAUUUAGAUGGAACUGCUAUAGAAGAACUACCAGCGUCAAUUCAAUAUUUAAGAGGGCUUCAAUGUUUGAAUCUUGCAGAUUGCACCAACCUUGUGAGUCUUCCAGAGACCAUUUGUAAUUUGAGUUCUCUCAAAAUUCUAGAUGUCAGUUUCUGUACAAAACUUGAGGAAUUUCCCGAGAACGUGAGGAGUUUGCAAUGUUUAGAGUGUUUGCACGCUUCAGGUCUAAAUCUAAGCAUGGACUGUUUUAGUAGCAUACUUGCAGGCAUCAUUCAACUUUCCAAACUGAGAGUCCUUGACUUGAGUCACUGCCAGAGGCUUCUACAAGUUCCAGAGCUUCUGCCAAGUUUACGAGUUCUAGAAGUCCACAGUUGCACAUGCUUAGAAACUUUAUCAAGUCCAUCAAGUCUACUUGGUUUUUCUCUGUUCAAAUGCUUUAAAUCAACAAUUGAGGAAUUUGAAUGCGGCUUCUAUUGGAUUAAGGCAAUCAGAGUUGUAAUUUCGGGAAAUAAUGGAAUUCCAGAGUGGACAAGCCAGCAAAAAAAAGGGUCUCAAAUAACAAUAGAGCUUCCUAUGGAUUGGUACAGAAAUAAUGACUUCUUAGGAUUUGCUUUCUACUCUGUUUUUACUCCUAUUGCUUGUGAUGGGUUGAAUUGCGAACUCAAUAUCUGUGGUGAUCAAUCUGAAUGCUGUGACGUGGAUGAUGUCCUGUUUUAUAGCUGCCGAAUUUGUGGUGAAUCAAGUCAAAUGUGUGUGACUUGUUAUCCCAAGGUUGCUAUUAACAACCAGUAUUGGUCAAACGAAUGGAGACGUUUGAAGGCUUCAUUUCGUAGCUUUGACGGUACACCAGUCGAAGUGAAAGAGUGGGGGUUCCAUCUUAUAUAUACAGGUGAUGUUAUCAACAGAAACAUCCCAGAAGAUACCAGUACUGAUGCUCAGAGAAGCUGUGACAACCCAGAAGCGACCAAGCGCGACCAUCAGACAAUGAUAGAGUACAAUGAUGAGCAGAGAAGUUGUGAUACCAGAUCAGCAGCAGAAGAUGCUAAUUCUAAUGCACAAACAAGCUAUGACUGUACACAGUGCACUGAGCAUAGCGAUUCUCCAAUGGACACAGAAUAUUGACAGUAAUGUUGUUGAUGCCCAAGAUGAUGAAGAGGACCAUAUGCACAACCGGUUGGAGCUUUUUUGCAAAUUUGUUGAAUGGAUAUGCUGGAGAAGAUACUAAACAUUUAUCUCAAGUUUUUUCUAAACCAAUUACAGCUUAGCCUUAGACUUGAUCAAGCUUUGGUAGGGUAUGAUACAUUGCUGAAUGGAUGACAUUAAGAGCCCAACCUCUAUCAGGUCAGCCAUGAAAGUCCUUAUUAAUCAAGGCAAGUCAAACAUUUCAUUUCAAUUAAUUAUUCUGAUUAAAGCGGUGCCUCACACUUUAUUUUAUUUUGUACUAUACAUAUUUGUUGGUGUAAAAAAGAGAUAGAUUCUCGAAGCAAGAAUAAGAAAUCAAAUUAUGUAGGAAACUACAUUAUAAAUUCAA